AUGUCAUAUAACUACACAACAUCUACCGUCAUCUCAUCUGAAGUAUCGAACACGAUAGUUGUUCUCAAUCUUUUGUCAACACGAUUUGUGAAUCAUUUACCAUUAGUAUUCGCCAUAUUUGGUCUGAUCGGUUUUAUUGGUAAUAGUUUAACAUAUCUUCAACGUGAACUUCGUUGGAAUACAUGCUGUAUAUAUUCACUUUGUGGUUCACUUGUUGAUGUUAUUAAUCUUUUUUACAAUUCAUUUGCAAUUUAUUUGAGUGGAAUCUAUGGAAUAUAUAUUCCAUGGAUAAAAUUACCUAGCAUGUGCAAAUUAUAUAUAUUUUUAAUUGGAUUUCUUCCUCAUUUAUCAAUUAAUUUCUUGUUAAUGUCUGUUAUUGAUCGAUAUGCUAGUACUUGUAAGCUUACGUCAUCUAUACGUCAUCUCAACAAACUUAAAAUGGUUCCACGAUUGAUUGGUAUUACUAUCAUCUUCAGUAUUCUUGCUUCAGUGCGUGCAUGCAUUCUUUAUGAGUAUCAAAUUCCAUCAGGAUGUGUAGUAACCCAACCAGUACUCAAUGGUAUUAUUUAUAUUGUGAUCAAUGGUAUCUCGCAACCGAUGGCAAUGCUGAUCUUUGUCCUUCUUACUUUUCGAAAUGUUCGUCGGAGUCGUCAACGAGUAGGUGGAACUGCAACAUUACGAUCACAUCAUUCUCGAAAUCAGUUCAUGGCUAUGAUCUUCUUACAAGUUUUAGUAACAGCUUUCAUUUCAUUACAAUGGAUAAUAACGUAUACGUAUUAUAUUAUCCCUAUCAAUGGUGUCAGAACUGCUGAACAAACGGCUAUUAUUAGUUUUGCCUAUAGUCUUACAAAUAAAUUUUAUUAUUUAAAUAAUGUUAAAUCAUUUUAUCUUUCUCUAUUGUCCUCACGUUUCUUUAGGCAAACAUUUAUUAAAGCGUUAAUCAGAGUAUUGCCUCGGCGUGUUUGUCAGCGACGGCAAAUAUUGCAAGCAAAUAUCUCCAUGAUGACUGCCACAAAAGUCCAUCAACAACGUACAACAGCACAUGAAUUGGUAACAACAGCAUAUUGA